UUCAGAUUUCUAGAAUGCUGUGAUGCAUGUCUACGAUCUACGAAAAUGCGACCUCCGUUGCCACUGCAAGGCUCCGAUUGGCCCCGUCAAGCCGCGGCCCAGAUCGACAGUCAAGAAAGUCGUCUUCGCCAUCGAGUCACAAACAGCUUUCACUUCACACAUUACAUACCUCAUACAGCCCACAUACCUCACAACAGACCGGUUACCUAUACAAUCCUCCACCAUGGCCGCCACAAUGCGCACCAUGACACGUCUCCCGCGCCAGCUCUCCCGCCGCACCUUCAGCAUCUCCACCCGACACGCGCAAGCACCUUUCGGCUCCGGCCCAGCACCACCCCGCCUACCCAAAGAAGACCAGGAAAUCUUCGAAAAGCUGCAAAAACAAAGCACCGGCGCCUUCAGCACCCCCAAAGACAUCGAAACACCCACCUCCACUCCCAAUAUCCGCAUGCGCAUCAACCAGUCGCCGGAUUCUUCUCCUACACCCGCGUCUCCUGCAUCGGCGUCACGACCCCAGAUAAAUCAGUCGCCUGAUUCGGCUUCGGAAGGUAGUGAAGGUCCGGAAAUCAGGUUCGAGAAUGGUAAACAGAUUAAGAAGGGAGAGGAGUUCCAUCCUAAUAUGAGGAGAGGGGCGCCACCGGAGUUUGAGGGCGAUGUCAAUCCCAAGACGGGAGAGGUGGGCGGACCGAAGAAUGAACCGCUUAGGUGGGGGAGCACGGGGAAGACGGGGGAUUGGAGCUAUAAUGGGAGGGUGACUGAUUUUUGAGGGGAAGACGCGAGCAGGCUCCAGGGUAUGCUAGUGUGGAGGUUUGAGACUACACGAUGGAUGUGAGUCUAUUGUUCAAAGACAUGUAAACGAGGGCACAUAGAUGAGGUGGAUAUGUAGAUAGUGGGAGGAGUGAGUGAACAUGGACUUUCGUGGCGCAUGUCCCAUGGAAGAUAGACAAGAAGACAUCAAAGACCAAUGGUAUAAUGCACAUGACUAUGUACCCUCCGGA